GCUGAGAAGUGUUUGCAGCUGCUGAGCCCAUGAUCUCCCCAGCUAUGGUAGCUGUCCAUACCUCGUCCCAAUCCUCAGCAUCUACAGAAUGGAUCGCAUGCCUGGAUAAAAGACCUGCUGAACGUUCUAGUGAAGAUGUUGAUAUUAUAUUUACGCGGUUAAAAGAAGUGAAGGCAUUUGAGAAAUUUCAUCCCAACCUCUUGUACCAGAUCUGCUUGUGUGGGUACUAUGAAAACCUGGAGAAAGGUGUGACAUUGUUUCGACAAGGAGACAUUGGGACAAGUUGGUAUGCUGUACUUGCUGGAUCUUUGGAUGUUAAAGUGUCAGAAACAGCCAACCAACAGGAUGCUGUUGUGCUUUGUACUCUGGGAAUUGGAACAGCUUUUGGAGAAUCAAUUCUGGACAACACUCCUCGCCAUGCUACAAUUGUUACCAAAGAAUACAGUGAGCUUCUUCGGAUUGAACAGAAAGACUUCAAAACACUUUGGGAGAAACAUCGACAGUAUAUGGCAGAGCACUUGGUCCCUCCCUAUGGUGUUAUGGAAACCGCAUCCAGUAAUGACAGAAUUCCUGAAAAGGAGAAUAUGAGCAACAAUGCACUAUGUUCUGGGUCAAAAAGCAAGACACCAGUCAUUGAAAAUCGUGUCCCUCUGCAUCCUGUUAAAACCAUUACCCAGGUUCCAUCUGAAAUAAUCCCUAGAGCUGGAAAGAUUCUACGCAAUGCAAUACUGUCUCAAGCACCUCACAUGAUAAGAGAUCGGAAAUACCAUUUGAAAACCUAUAAACAAUGUUGUGUUGGCACAGAAUUAGUGGACUGGAUGAUACAGCAGACACCUUGUGUCCAUUCCCGCACACAGGCUGUAGGCAUGUGGCAGGUGCUGCUUGAGGAAGGAGUCAUGAACCAUGUGGACCAUGAGCACAAUUUCCAGGACAAGUAUCUGUUUUAUCGUUUCCUGGAUGAUGAACAGGAGGAAGUCCUUGCACCCACAGAUGAGGAGAAAAAAGAGUAUGAGGAGGAACUACAGGAAACCAUGCUUCUGCUUUCUCAGAUUGGGCCAGAUGCCCAUAUGAGAAUGGUUUUACGAAAACCGCCAGGCCAGAGGACAGUUGAUGAUUUAGAAAUCAUAUAUGAAGAGUUGUUACAUAUUAAUGCCUUGUCUCGGCUUUCUACCACAGUAAAGCGAGAGCUUGCUGGUGUUUUGAUAUUUGAAUCUCAUGCCAAAGCGGGAACAGUUUUGUUUAAUCAAGGAGAAGAGGGCACUUCAUGGUAUAUUAUCCUCAAGGGCACAGUGAAUGUUGUUAUCUAUGGCAAGGGAGUAGUCUGUACAUUACAUGAAGGAGAUGAUUUUGGGAAGUUGGCUCUGGUGAACAAUGCUCCAAGAGCAGCCUCCAUAGUGCUUCGUGAAGAUAAUUGUCAUUUUCUACGGGUCGAUAAAGAAGAUUUUAACAGAAUCCUUCGAGAUGUUGAGGCUAACAAAGUAAGACUUAAAGAGCAUGGAAAAGACGUGUUGGUUUUGGAGAAGAUCCCAAUGGGUAACAAAACCUCCAAUCAGGGAAGCACACAGAUACAAUACAAAUACACUGUGAUGGCAGGAACUCCUGAAAAAAUAUUAGAACACUUUCUGGAAACUAUACGCCCUGAUUUGCCUGCAAAUGAAACAACAGGUGUUCCUCCACCAUGGUCACUGACUGAGAGGAAGGGUGAGGUUUUUUUGACAGAUCCUUGCCUUGAUGACUUUGUUCUGAUGCACUGCAUUUUUAUGCCACACAGCCAGCUUUUCCCAGCUGUAAUGGCUCAUUACCAUGCAGAAGCAAUGCAAGGCACAGAACAGGAAAAAAUGGACUAUGCUCUCAAUAACAAGAGACGGGUCAUCCGCCUUGUCUUACACUGGGCAAAUGUAUAUGCAGAUCUCUUACAAGAGGAAGACAUUGCAAUAGCAUUUCUUGAAGAGUUCUAUGUGUCCGUGUCAGAUGACUCAAGAAUGAUUCCUGCUCUGAAGGAACAGAUCCCAGAAUUAGAGAAACUGGUAAAACAGAACUCAGAAGAAGGAAAUGGCAAGACUUCACAAAAAAAGCACAAAGUUAUUUUGCGCCAGUUUAGCGUUGGUGAGGAUAGACUCCAAAAGCGACAACCAAUAAGAAGUAUGGAUGAAAUUCUCUUUAAGGUUUACUGCAUUGAUCAUACUUACACCACAAUCCGAGUCCUUGUGGCAGCUUCAGUAAAGGAGGUCAUCAGUGCUGUAAAAGACAAGCUUGGAUCAACGGAAGACCUAGUUCUUGUGAGAAUGAGCUCAGCUGGAGAAAAAGUGGUGCUGAAGCCAAAUGAAGUUUCAGUUUUUACAAUACCAAAUGUAAAUGGACGCUUGUUUGUCUGUCCAAGGGAACAAUUUGAUUCUCUGACGCCGCUGCCAGAUCAGGAAGGUCCAUCUACUGGAACUAUGGCAACUUUUGAAUUGAUGAGUUCCAAAGAUUUAGCCUACCAGAUGACGAUUUAUGACUGGGAAUUAUUCAAUUGUGUAUAUGAGCUGGAAUUAAUUUAUCACACGUUUGGAAGGCAUAAUUUCAAGAAAACCACUGCCAACUUGGACCUGUUUCUGCGACGAUUCAAUGAAAUUCAGUUCUGGGUGGUAACAGAAAUCUGCCUAUGUUCUCAGCUCAGUAAGAGAGUGCAGCUUUUGAAGAAGUUUAUCAAGAUUGCAGCUCAUUGCAAAGAAUAUAGAAAUUUGAACUCAUUUUUUGCUCUGGUAAUGGGACUGAGCAAUGUAGCUGUGAGCCGCCUCUCUCAGACCUGGGAGAAACUUCCUAGUAAAUUCAAGAAAAUCUAUUCAGAAUUUGAAAGCUUGAUGGAUCCUUCCAGGAACCAUAGGGCAUACAGACUUACAGUAGCUAAACUGGAGCCACCAAUCAUUCCCUUCAUGCCUUUACUUAUAAAAGACAUGACAUUUACCCAUGAAGGCAACAAAACAUUCAGUGAUCAGCUUGUCAAUUUUGAAAAAAUGCAUAUGAUUGGCAACACAGUGCGGACAGCCAGACACUGCAGAAGUCAGCCUUUUAAUCCAGAUUCAUCACUUACAAACAAGAACCAUCAAGAUGUCCGUGCAUAUGUUCGACAGCUUAAUGUAAUCGACAAUCAGAGGACUUUAUCACAGUUGUCUCACAGGUUGGAGCCACGCCGAUCCUAAUAAUUUUUCACUAUUGCACUGCCAUAAAAGAAAAUAUUUAUUGUAUUUCAGCACAAUGGGCAUUUGGUGGUUUGCAGUGUUAAGAAUAAUUAUUAUUGAAAAAGGGCAGUAUUGUAACUGCCUUCAACUCAGAGGAAGACCUUUCUGAAUUGGAAUUGACUUUAGCCCCGUGUUACAACAAUUAUGCCUGCCUCUUCCAAGAUUUGGAAUACAUACUGUGUUUCACAAAGACCAAAAUAUCCUCGACGUCUUAUUAUGUAUUGAUAGUUAAAAGGAGAAAGUAGGGUUUUCUUUUUUGCAGAUUCUUUUAUCUACAAUGCAGAAGAAUUUGUGCCAAGAAUUGCCCUAUAUGUAUUUAAGCACACUGAUGAGAUGGUCCUUCAAUCUAUUAAACAGUUUACAUUUAUUCAGAUCCUCUAAGCAGGUUGUUUUGUUUUAAGAUGAUGGCACAAAAUAUUUGAUAUUUUUACCAAUUGAUGCUUCUUUUUAAAAGGUGUUUCUAAACUUUCCACAUUAUAUUUAAACUGGGAAAAUAGCACAAUCUGCACAACAUAAAAUUGAUGAAGUAUUCCAAUAUUUCUUGUAACUUCAUUGUUUUCAAUUAUCAGCAAGCUUUAGACAUUUCAUCCAUAUAUUGUUUAAUUGUGACCUAACAUAGGCAUUUCAUGUUUGCUUGGAAGGUGCUUUCUUCAGAAUGUUAGUUGCUCCAUGCACCCUCAACAGCAUGGUGCAGGAGCCUGCUGCUCUUAUCAGUAUUACAUUAUUUUAAUUAAGCGCUACCCAACUUUCACCCAACUAACAAACCUUGGGCACCCCAUUGACACCAGAGUUUUAUUAUUCAACUUUUGCUUAAAAAUGAAUUUCAAAUACAUAAAAUUGAAUUUAGAAGUUGCAAGAUAUAUGUCCAGAAUGCGCCAGACUUAAUUUCUGAAAUUUCAAUCACUCUCCCCAAUCCCAAUACCUCCACCACCCCCGGAACCAUGUCCUCGGACAGCUGAAAAUUUUAUUAAACAUUACGUUAUUGUGACAGCACACACUUUCGGAAAUCUGUGGGAAACCCUGAAUGCCGAUUAUUUGUUUUAGCACUAUUAAGCAAGUGUAAAUAGUAAAAAAAAAAGCUUGCUUAAUGCAUUUGUCAGUGACAGUUCUAUAACUGAUACGGUGCCAAAAGUAUUGCUUAUUUUAUUUAUUACAUUUUAAUUUAUGUCUGUUUAAAGUUUGGUCUACAAAACUAUUACAUUAAAUUACAUUUUUGGUAUAGAGUUCAAUUUUUCACUGCCUUGUAUUCAUUGUCUAUAAAUAACGUUAUAAAAUGUACAGUAAAUGUCUCUAAUGUUAGCACGAAUAAAACAAAUGUUGCAUUGUACACAGUAUGGUAUGUUGGCCCAAAUCAAAUAAAAAUUAAGCUGUUUCUACA